UCAGUCGGACCAUGUCCCCUAUCUCUCUCCAUCUCUCAUAUGCGUACGUUCACCUUAUCUCUUGAACCAGCUCUUACAAUAUAAAUAUGGAAGCUAAGAAAACGCACUCACUGAGUUUUAGAAAAAGAAAAAAGAAAAAAGAAGAAACAAAUCUAUAGCUAGCCAUGGUUAACUUCAGAACCAGUGCUAAUAAGAAGAAGAAUAGCAUUAUAAAGCUCAAGAUUGUUGUAGAAAAACUACAAAAGAGUCUUUUACGGGGCAAGAAACCGGCCUCUAAUUCGGACGAGUUUGAAGAUGUUAAUGACUCCAUGAAUGUGCCGCAGGACGUGAAGGAAGGGCACUUUGCGGUGAUGGCAGUGGACGACGAUGAACUCAAGAGAUUCAUCGUUCCAUUGAGCUUUCUGACCAACCCAUCUUUCUCGAGAAUGUUGGAGCAAGCAGCCGAAGAGUAUGGUUUCGAUCAUGAAGGUGCACUAACAUUCCCUUGCAGACCAAGCGAGCUGGAGAGGAUACUGGCUGAGGAUAGAGAAUCAAGAGUUGCUGUCAACUGGGGUUUCUCUAAAACCCUUGUGAAGAGCUGUUAA